GCUGGGCGUUGAAAGAGCGGCGCUGAUUAGCGAAUAUGGAAUCGCCUGGAUGAAAGCCCACUUGUGAUUCGUCAUAAGUAGACCGAAGCCUCUGUGGGGUGGAACUGGCCGGACCAUGAGAUAUGGCUGGCACCGUGCUCGGGGUAGGGGCCGGCGUGUUCAUCUUAGCCCUGCUCUGGGUGUUGGUGCUGCUGCUGUGUGUGCUGCUAUCCAGAGCCUCCGGGCUAGCCAGGUUCUCUGUCGUUUUUGUGUUCCUCGGUGCUCUGAUCAUCACAUCAGUUCUGCUGCUCUUCCCUCGAGCCAGUGAAGUCCCAGCCCCAGAGGUCGAAAUGAAGAUUGUGGAUUCCUUUUUCAUUGGCCGCUAUGUCCUGCUGGCUUUCCUCACUGCUGUCUUCCUUGGAGGCCUCUUUUUGGUUCUCAUUCAUCAUAUCCUAGAGCCAGUCUAUGCCAAACCACUGCGGUCCUACUGAGCACUGUUCAGGAAAACCAAGACCCUGUUCUGUCCUUCACUUUUUAUGUCACUGGUGAGCAGAAAGUUAUUAUUCAGAGCCUUGUUUUGACAGCCCUUAUGCCUUAAGAUCAGAGAAAUAUCCAUUCAUGACUAGGACAAAAUCCCUUGAAUCUUGGCUUCCGGAAAUGGGGUUGCAAAAGUGGCCCUGCAGAGAUGAUUCUCACCAUCUUCAGAGGGAUGUUGCGGUCUUCUUUGCACUUGUUCCUCAGGUUUUCUAUCUGUUUUGAAAGGGAAAUAGUAACAGUGAUCUGCUUCCAGUAGAUUUUCAAUCAAGACAUCAGUAAGUGGAUUUUGGGAAAAGGAGCAAUUUGGAUUCUGCUGUCCAGGAGAUGGAAGAAUCUCAUCCUUUCGAUAAUACACAAGAUUCUUAGUUGCAAGGGUGGGAUCAUUAGGAAAGGAAAGGCACUCCAAGUUCAAAAGUUUAUUUUAUUGUGAUGAGUUGGAAGACUUACCCAGGUGUUAGUUGUUGACCAGUGUGUAUAUGGUGCCACAGAAUCUAUACAAGCAAUGGGUGUCCCUUCCCUCUGCUCUAAUAAAGCAAUAAACAACCCAAGGACUCACCUUCACUUCA